CAGAUUACUAAUCAGUAAGCAUUGCGGUUAAGGGCUUCAGCGCGCAUAACUGCACCAAACCACAGACGUUUACCACAAAUCCAAGUCACGUGCGAUUGCGCGACCCUGUCAAUAAGCAGAGUUCAUGGCCAGAAGGGAAAAAAAUCUGGCGAUGGGCCCUCGGACAGCUCCCAGCUUAUCGGCUGCUUUGUCAACCCGCUGGUUCUUCUGCUCCUCCUCGUUCCUGCUCAUAUCUCUCCUUCUCCCGCGUCUCCCUUCCUUCUUUGUCUCCCUCUUCCCUGCAUUGCAUUUCCUUCCACCGGGACACAGGUUAUCCGCUCGCGAACUGUUCGUCCUCGGCAGCCUGCCUUAUAUCCACCUCGACAGCCCCCGUCCUGCAAAUUCUCAUCUGACUCGUCUCUGAUCUUCAACCUUCUUCCCAAUGUCACGCUCCGUUCCCACAUCGCUCCUGCGCACCUUCCGACGAGGCGUGUCCUCGUCCGCCAAGGCAGCGCAGGCCGUCGGUACGGCUGUACGCCAGCAAGCUGCUGCCGCCGAACCGGUCCGCAGCGCAGUCCACCACCCGUCGCCCUCGUCAGCACCGCCCGCGAACGCUCCCCCGCCGCCGUCGAUCCCCAGAUCAUCGAACCGACCGAUGUCGUUCCCCUGCCUCGACGUGCUCGAGCACCGUACCCGCUCUCUCGACUCUGGCCCAGAACCUACGUACACCCGCAACGUCACCGGCUACGAACUCUUCCACUCGUCCGUGCCCCUCCGGCUCGACAACGGCGGCAUCCUGCUUGAAUUUGACAUUGCGUACGAAACAUGGGGCACACUCAACGCAGACAGAUCAAACGCAAUUCUCCUCCACACCGGUCUAUCCGCUUCCUCGCACGCGCACUCGCAUGCAAAGAACCCCGCCCCGGGAUGGUGGGAGAAGUUCAUCGGGCCCGGCUGCGCUCUCGACACCGACAAGUUCUUUGUCAUCUGCACAAAUGUCAUCGGAGGAUGCUACGGCUCGUCUGGCCCGUCGUCGGUCGACCCUUCUGACGGCCAGAAGUACGCCACUCGGUUUCCCAUCGUCACGAUCGACGACAUGACUCGCGCCCAGCAGCGUCUGAUCUCGCAAAAGCUCGGCAUCAGCAAACUCCACGCCUCCGUCGGCGCCUCCAUGGGCGGCAUGCAGUCCCUUUCGUACGGCACACAGUUCCCCGACCUCGUCGGCCGCAUCGUCUCAAUCUCGGGAUGCGCCCGCUCGCACCCUUACUCCAUCGCCAUGCGCCACACCCAGCGACAAGUCCUCAUGGCGGACCCGAACUGGCGCCGCGGGUUCUACUACGACAGCGUCCCCCCGCACGCGGGCAUGAAGCUCGCGCGCGAGAUCGCGACAAUCACUUACAGAUCCGGGCCGGAAUGGGAGCAGCGGUUCGGGCGCAAGCGCGCCGAUCCGCGGAAACCGCCUGCGCUCUGCGCUGACUUUUUGAUUGAAACCUACCUUGACCAUCAGGGCGAGAAGUUUUGCUUAGAGUACGAUCCCAACUCGCUGCUCUAUGUCUCCAAAGCGAUGGAUUUAUUCGACAUGUCCUUGUCCGUGCGCCAGAAGGCAGUCGAGACAAGAGCGCUCACCACCGCGCGCGAGGAGACAAACCCGCCCACCUGCUCCGUCCCCAGCGAUCCCUACGAGGAAGUCGAGGAUUCGAGCGUGCCGCACCAGCUCAACUUUGACGAGGCGCGCGAGGAUCUGGUGGCGGGUAUGCAGGCGCUCAAGGAGACCCCGGUCUUUGUCCUCGGCGUCGAAUCCGAUAUCUUGUUCCCUAGUUGGCAGCAGAAAGAGAUCGCGGACGUCUUGCGCGAGGGCGGAAAUGAGAAAGUCGAGCACAUCGAGCUGAGCUCGGAAGUCAGCUGGUACGGCCACGAUACCUUCCUUCUUUCACUAAACGAAGUCGGCGGACCUGUCAAGGCCUUCCUCGAAAAAUCCAUCUAAAUCUCAGAGAGAAAGAAAAAGCUUGUUUGUUUUAAAUCUUUCCACAAAAAAAAUGGAUGUCCACAGUCGGUUAUGAAUUUAUAUGUUGCAUACGGAGCCCGGAAAAUGGUUUGCUUUUCUGUUUUAAUAUUAUUGUCUCAUUUCAUCUCAUGUUUUUGCUCUCAUAUUCUUACAUUUUUUUGUGUUGGUCUGCUACAUCUCUUUGGAAUCAAAAUAAAUUGGAACU